CCCGGCGGCGAGUGACAGCCCCUCGGAGGCAGGCUGGGCUAAUCCUGCCGCUUUCCCAUCCCGCCCCGUAAGGAUGCUCCGGGCCGUGGCUCCGCUGGCUCCGCACCUCCCCGGGGGCCGGGUCUCUGAGCAGCCGGCGUCUCCGCAGCGAGCAGGAAACGCAGAGCGGCUUCAAUUUCCCUUUCCUGCUCUCACCGAGACUCCCGCACGGCCACACGCCGCCCAGCCCUGCGGCUCGGCGGGCAGGAAGCGAGCUCGGGGCGGACCCUGGGGGGCCAGGACCUCCGAGCCAACCCAUGAGCCCCCCCCGUCCCACGGGCAGGCCAGCGGCAGACCGGGGCUGCCCGCUCUCCGGGCACCUCUGCAUGUGCACAGGGCACACAGGAAAUUACCCAGCACUGAAGCCGACUUCCGGCCUGUCUCCCUGACGUCACACUUGUUCAAGGGGCUGAGUGCUACAAUUCUCGAGCCAGAAUGGUCACACUUGGCUCCUAAAUCCCAGAGGGGAUAUCCAGAGGGGCUGAGCAUCUGCAGCUCCCAAGGAGGUUGACUCCCUUCUUGACCCCGAGCACCCAGGAUGAACACUCAGGAUGGGGAGCAGGGUAACCCGGCUCACUCCCUUUUCGAAACCUUCCUCCAUGCCAGCCAAUGCCAGGAGGUGCUGGACAGCUUCCAGGCCUUAUGUGGGCAGCUGGGUCUGGAGCACAAGGGACAGCUGCAGUUCUACCAUAAGCUCAAGUCCUGCCUUAACUACUGGAAUGCCAAGGCCCUGUGGGGCAAGCUGGAUAAGAAGGCUGGACACAAAGACUAUGACCAGGGAAGGGCAUGUGCCAACACCAAGUGCCUGAUCAUCGGGGCAGGCCCCUGCGGGCUCCGCACCGCCAUCGAGCUGGCCUUCCUGGGGGCCCACGUCGUGCUGGUGGAGAAGAGAGACUCCUUCUCCCGCAACAACGUGCUGCACCUCUGGCCUUUCACCAUCCAUGACCUGCGGGCGCUGGGCGCCAAGAAGUUCUAUGGGCGCUUCUGCACCGGGGCCUUGGACCACAUCAGUAUCCGUCAGUUGCAGCUGAUCCUCCUGAAGGUCGCCUUGCUCCUGGGGGCUGAAGUUCAUGUCAACGUGCAGUUUGAGGGGCUCAUCCCCCCUGCAGAGAAGGGAAGCGGACGGGGUGGUGCCUGGAGGGCUGCACUCCAGCCCAGCUCGUCUCCCGUGGGGCAGUACGAAUUUGACGUCCUUAUCUCAGCUGGAGGAGGCAAAUUUGUGCCUGAAGGGUUCAAGCGGAAGGAGAUGCGUGGGAAGCUGGCGAUCGGCAUCACCACCAACUUCGUCAACCGCCACAGCCGGGCCGAGGUGGAGGUCGCUGAGAUCAGCGGCGUGGCCCGCAUCUACAACCAGCAGUUCUUCCAGAACCUCUACAACAAAACAGGUAUCGACUUGGAGAACAUUGUCUACUAUAAAGACGACACGCACUAUUUUGUCAUGACGGCCAAAAAACAGAGCCUGCUCAGAAAGGGGGUCAUUGUACAGGACAAAGCGGACAUAGAGAGCCUGCUGUCUGCUGAGAAUGUCAAUCAAGAAGCCCUCCUCAGCUAUGCCAAGGAAGCUGCCAACUUCUCCACCAACUACCAGUUGCCUGCCUUGGAGUUCGCUCUGAACCACCGGAACUGCCCGGACGUCGACAUGUUUGACUUCACCUGCAUGAACCGCUCGGAGAACGCAGCCCUGGUGCGCGAGUGCCACGGGGCCCGGCUGCUCAUCGGGCUGGUGGGAGACUGUCUGGUGGAGCCAUUCUGGCCGCUGGGCACUGGCGUGGCGCGGGGUUUUUUGGCUGCCUUUGAUGCUGCAUGGAUGGUGAAAAGAUGGGCAGCAGGAACCUCCCCGCUGGACCUUCUGGCUGAGAGGGAGAGCAUCUACCAGCAGCUGUCUCAAACAUCCCCCGACAACACCAACAAAAACACCAGCCAGUACAGCAUUGACCCUACCACUCGCUACCGCAACAUCAACCUCCAAGCCAUAAAGCCCAACCAGGUCCGUGACAUGUACGUGGUGGGGACGAUCGAGAUCGACCAUAAGAAGAGAAACAGUCGUGACAGCACAGACGUCAGCAGGGCCUACGAGGAGCUCCUGAGCUGGUGCCAGACCCACACGGCGGGUUACCGCGGCGUCACGGUGACGGACUUCAUGCACUCCUGGAAAAGUGGCCUGGCCCUGUGUGCCCUCAUCCACCGCUUCCGGCCCGACCUCCUAGAUUUCAACUCCCUGGACCAGCACAGUCCCAUCAAGAACAACCAGAUGGCCUUGGACAUAGCUGAGCAGGAGCUAGGCAUCCCGCCCGUCCUCUCCAGCACUGAAAUGGCCUCUGUGGCUGAGCCCAAUCAGCUUGGACUCAUCACCUACCUGAGCCAGUUCUACGAAGCCUUCAAGUCUUCUGCAAGUGAGGAUCCUCAGGGGCUCCAGGACUGGAUCUCUGGGGAACCAGAGGAGAGAGUGAGGAAGCUGCUAGCUCCUCCCAGCACCCGGGGAGCUGUUCUGUUCCUCAACAAGCUCCAGAAGAGUCUGAGUCUGACUCGCAAGCGCAACCAGGACAGUGCCCAGCAGGAUCUCGAGACCAAGAGGACGAGGAGAGAAGCAGGGCUGGAAUCAGGGGUGGAAGGCGACUUGUCCAUCGCUGACCUUGGCCGGGGGACUAACCACCAGGAGCAGCCUCAAUCCACAGAGACCAGCGCUUCCAGUUCCACGCUGGGCAGGCAGCAGAGCUUGCUCACCUCCCCCGCGGAGAGCAGCGACGCCUGUUACUUCUGCGGCAAGCGGGUGUACAUCCUGGAGCGGGUUAGCGCCGAGGGGCACUUCUUCCACCGAGGCUGCUUCCAGUGUCAUCAGUGUGGAACCACGCUGCGCAUGGGAGACUUCGCCUUCGACGAGGAUGACGGACACUUCUACUGCAUGCUUCACUAUGCCAGCCCCCGUAGCAUGGAGGUGCCGGACAGCGGGUCCCAUGCUGCACCACAUGAAGAUCCCUCCCAGGGCACCCAAUUCUGCUCUCCCUCCAACACCAGCAGCCUGGGCUUGGCCACUGGGGCGGCAAAGCUGAGAGUGGAUUCUGAUGGGCAGGGCCCUCCUGGGAGCCUGUCUGCCUUCCCGAAACAGCUGGCAGCAGAUCAGCCUUCAGAGCCGGGGGAAGGAGCUGGAGGAGCCGGGGAGGGCACCGUUCCAGCCAGAGAGGACAGAGGCGCUGGCACGGCAGACAUGCAGCAACCUGCCGCUCUGCCCCGCACUGUGCUGGAGGAGAACAUGGGAAGGCCCGUCUCCUUCCGUAUGGCAGGCAGGGCCCAGCCUCAGGAGCCUGGGGCUGGCCUAGGAGAUUGGGCCAACGGCUGGUCUCAGCCGGAGGAACAGAGUCUCUGUGAACAGGGCAGCUUGGGCGCAGUGCUGUGGCCUCCAGAAAAGGGGCCUGCACCCCCCGAUUUCAGGCAGGCCGAGGAGGAGGGGGAAGACACCAGGAAGAGGAAAAUAAUUCAGCUGUCGCCCUUGGAAAAGCUCAAGCUGUCCACGCUCAGCCUGGACUCCGAGACAGAGAGCCAGGAGGGUCCUGGAGAAGGCUCAGAGCCGUUGCGAAGCGCCGUCCCAGCGAAGGACCAGGGUGCUCCGGAGAGAGGGCAGGUCUGCUGGGUUGAGCCCAGAUUCAGCGAGGAGGCUGAAGACAUAGAGGAGACUGACAGUGAUGGUGAAGAGGAGGAGGAGAGCCAAGACCUUGAGUACUUAACAGAGAGCGUGAGUGUGUGUCUCCCAAGUUUUGGUGAAAAGGAAAAACAUUCCACCUGGAAGAGAACACUGACCCGCCGUGACAAAGAGGCAGAGAUGAAGAGGUUCUGCAAAGCCCAGUCCAUCCAGAGGCGUCUGGAGGAGAUUGAAGUGACGUUCCGGAAGCUGGAGGAGAAGGGGAUAAAGCUGGAGAAAUCACUGCGGGGCAAAGGAGGGACCCAAUCUGAGCUGAAGACCCAGUGGAUGAACCAGUUACUCUCUCUGGUGCAGAAGAAGAACAGCCUGGUUUCCGAGGAGUCAGACCUCAUGAUUGAGGUGCAAGAGCUGAAGCUGCAGGAGAAGCAGUGCCAGCUGGACCAGGAACUGCGGCGAUACAUGAACAUGGAAGAGACGCUGAAGAUGCCCCAGGACACGCUGAAGGAGAAGGAGAUCCUGGCCCAGCUGCUGGAGGUGGUGAACCAGCGAAACGCCCUGAUCCAAGUGCUGGAAGAGAAGCGCCUUAGCGAGCUGAGUGAGGCUUUCCCAGGGUCAGCCUGAUGAGCCGCCGGCCCAAUCCCCCACAUGGACAGCUUCCCCACGUCACCCUGGCUCCUCAUUCUGCCAGGACACGAUGGGACAUGACAGCCCAAGAGACUGUGCGGGCCUCUCCCCAGCAGCGUGAGAGCUGCUGGCAGGAUCAGGUCACCCUGGGAGAGGUAAGGUGGCAUGUAUGGAGGCAACAUGUGCCUGACCCUGAAGCUAUGGCCAAAGCCUCACUGAAGGGGGUGAAAUCUGCUGUCUGGAGCGCCAGGCCCCUCUUCCACCUGCUCUGGCAGAAUGCAAGGACAAGCCCACUUCUUGGAACAGGGGCUUCUGUUGAUGGGGCUGGGCCCCUAACCCAACAGGCAGGCUUAGCAGGUUCCUCUCUCGUUUUAGUGCUGGAGCGCUGCUCCCCAGACCGUGGGGGAGCGGAUUUGGCUGCCUGGCAGCGUUUGCCUUGGGCUUUAUCUUCAGUAGGGAACAAGGCCAACACGGGGUUUGUAACAUGUUAGAAAUGCACAAGGCAGCUGCCGCGUUAACCCCGUGUUGCCAGGUGGGGGUAGAGCGCCUAGUGUUUUAACCCCGUUGCUGAUGGAUACACGAGACUCCCCGCCAAGGUUUACUCCAGCUGCCUUGCAGCGUGGAUGUUUAAGCCAAGUUAACUAGCCCCUUUUCCCCCAGUGAAGACACAGCCUUGGCUUUAAUGCUUUAUCGGCACGAUUUAGGUUAUUCAGGGCAUGAGCUCUCAGGUUCCUUUUAAGCCCAGUCCUCAGGGAGUUGCUGGAUUCCUUUCAGAUCAGUCCUGUUAGAAAUGCUCUUGGUGUCCCCCAGAAUGUUUCCUUCUGCAGCCCAGACAAGGGGGCCUAUCCUGGGCUAGAGAACGGAUCAAACAGCUACAGGCUGCAGUAUCUGGCCAACAGCUACCAUCACUGGGCACAGCGCCUCCUGCUGGUCCCCCUCCUUAUAGAAUCCGAUAACUUCUCCUCCUCCCUGUCAUAUGCAGCGUUGCUGUGGCCAUGUCGGUCCCAGGGUACUAGAGAGACAAGGUGGGUGAGCUCUGGGUAAGCUCAAAAACUUGUCACUCCCUCGCAGAAGUUGGUCCAAUAAAAGAUUUUACCUCA